AUGUCAAAGCCCUUAAAGCACUCCAGUUCGAUGCCUUCUCCGCGCAUUAUCAACGCAGCCAGACGUGCGCGAAAAGCAACAAAGUCAAAAGAAGACUCCUUUGACGCGUCAAUCCCUGAGCUUGAACAGCUUCGUGCAUUGCGUGCAAUUUUGAGGAUGAAUCCAAAAGAGCGGACAUCUGAAAUGCUAAAAAAGCUAUAUGACUACACAAUCACCCUGAAAUUUUUCAUGAAAAUGAAGGAGGAGUACUCAGAAGAAGUGUGUCACUCGUGCUGCAUGUAUAUCACUUAUGAGUACCAUCCUCCAAAUUCUUUUAUUUGCAGGCAAGGAGAAAAGGGGACUAAGUUCUAUAUCAUUUUGAAUGGCUCGGCAAAGGUACUAAUAGAAAACCAAGAGCAUCACCUUUAUAAGCAGCAAGUGGGAGAGCUAGGAUCUGGGGACACUUUUGGAGAAAGAGCUAUCAUGCUCGGAAUCCCACGAGCAGCAAGCAUUCAAUGUCAGACUCCUUGCCAUUUAGCUGUAUUAAAUGCAAGUGACUAUAGGAAAAUAUUAGAUAAUAUGUUUGAGGAAAAAUUCGAAUCAAUUGUUGAAGUUCUGAAGAAAUUACCCAUUUUGCAAGGGUUUUCUAGGAAUUAUGUACAGAGAUUAGGAUACUAUUUCAGACAAAAGAAGUUUAAGAAAGGACAAUUUGUAUACAAAGAAAAAGAUAAGAAUGAGGAAAUCUAUAUUAUACAAGAAGGCGAAUUUAGGAUCUGUAAAAAAGUAGAAGUAACAGUCAAGUCUCCCAAAGCUUUUCCAGAAAAAUCUACUCUGAAAAGAAAGCAAUAUCCAUUAGUGACGCAGCUGGCUUCUUUAUCUAAAGGAGAAAUGUUCGGUGAGGAAGAUAUUUUGAGUGAUUCAAAUUUGAGAACCACUUCUAGCUAUUGCCACUCAGAUCUUGGUAAAGUACUGGCUAUAACCAAAGAUGAUUUUUUUAAGCACAUUGUAGUCACUGAAGAAGGCAAAGCAGCUAUGAGGCAAAGAAAUCUUCAAAAAUCUGAAAGUAGAAGCCAUGUAAUGGAAAACAACUUGAAGCUUAAGAAAAUGCAUAUAGGAGUCAUUCCUUUAACGAUCAGCUCCCCAGAACCCAUGUACACUAGAUCAGCUUCUCCAUCUCCGAAACUUCUCAAGCACCCACCAACUCCUUCUCUGCCAAAAAUAAAAGAAGAGUUUGAAAGCUUCAAUCACAAAUCCAUGAUAUCCAAUGACACAGAGCUACUCAAAACAAGACCAAGCACAAUGAAAAAUAUAACCAUCGAGAAGCGCAAAUCUCGACAGAAAAAGCCGAUAAAAAUCGAAAUCCGUAACAUCCACACAUGAAAGCUAAAAGCAAAAGAGCCUUUAACGCCUAUUGACAUUCUCCAAGAGCAAGGCAAACUAACCCUCAACGAAUUAAAACAAAUGCAAUAUAGUGUAAUCACAGAUGCAUGGGAAGAAAAGAUGCUCCAUGACGGAAUCACUUCACGCAGAAGGAUGAAGCGACUGUCUGCGACAGAGCAUCACAUGUUUAGGUUGAGUUGAUAA